AUGGAAGAGAAGAGAAGAAGGCGCGAAAAAAGAAUCGUAAGAGAAAAUUUACCGACGUCAGAACUUCCUGAUCUUAUUAAUGAAUUGAGUGGUACAUUUCCACCAAAUCUUCCAGUUUCUUUUUUAACGGAAAAUUCAAGCACGAUAACUGCGCAAAUGGGUAGCACCGCUCUCAUACCGUGCGUCGUACUUAACAUAGGAGACGGUUUGGUUUCCUGGAUAAAACGUAAAGAUUAUCAUUUGUUGACCGUCGGACUGACAACGUAUUCUGGAGACGAAAGAUAUCAAGCAAUUCAUUCUCAACAUUCGGAGGAUUGGACACUACAAAUAAAAUUUGUACAAAUGAGAGAUGCUGGCUUAUACGAAUGUCAAGUUUCAUCUCAUCCUCCGACGAGUAUUUUUAUUAAUCUUAAAGUAGUAGAAGCACGUGCCGAUAUAUCCGGUCCAUCGGAAAAAUUUUUAAAACUCGGAAGUUCUUUGAAAUUAACGUGCACGUUGGUUCAAAGCACGGAGCCUCCGAUUUACGUAUUUUGGUAUCAUAAUAAUAGAAUGAUAAACUAUGAUAACGACAGGGGCGUUAACGUCACGACGGAUCUUUUAGGGAAAACAAGCGUUUUGUACAUAGCGAGUGCGAGUCCCGAGCAUACCGGAAAUUAUUCUUGCGUUCCGAACAAAGCUCAACCUGCCAGCACAUUCGUACACAUAUUAAAUGGAGAAAAUCCAGCAGCGAUGCAACACGGACGUGGAAGAGGAUUGUCGUGGUUGCAUUGCAAUUCAAUACUACUCAUCGUCGUUUGUAUUUUAACAUCAAAUUGGAUAAAAACAUCAUCGACGUCGUAG